AUGCCACCUCCACCAGUUCCCGUCAAGAACACCAUCAAUGAAGUUGAAGCAUUGGCUCGCAAGAUGCAUGGCCUUGACAUUGGUGAUGUCGCAUACUUGGGCUGUUAUACUCGGCUGGUUUGCCUAGCACCAGCAGCCGCGCAAGCCUGGGCACCUCCAAAAUCCAGACAAGUUGUCAAUACACCUGCCCCAGUCCACAUACUACCUCCUACAUGUUCUGUCUCUAUUCCGGCUCCUCCUGUCACGACUCCCACUCUCCCUGCCUCAAUUCCUGCUUCAUCCCAGCCUGUGGAACCUGUGACUACCGAAAUAAAGAAAGAACCAGCCUUUCGGUAUGAGUCUAAGGCAAACUCACCGGAUGCAGCGAAACGACUCUAUGAGACAAUCCUUGGCACCACCAUUCCUCACUUGACGAUAUCUGAGCUCCUCUCAAUCAGCCCUGAAUUGCGAAAGGAAGCAGUUGAGCACUCCCGCUCAAAGGCUCUCGUCGCAACAUCCAGUACACCCCCCCUGCAGAUCGAGCAUGUGACACCAUUACAUGAAAUUCACGUAACACUAAACGGAACGCACUCAGAACUAGUGUUGUUGGAUGAAGGACCUGAGAUUGUCAUUAUUCGACAAGAUGUCUGGGAGAAGACCAAUGCACCUAUCAAUCAAGACGUCCAGAUGCGCAUGCAGACCGCAAAUGGGAGCUCACAGGAAAUGGCCGGAUGCUUGGAGAUGUUGGAAAUAGAUGUAGAAGGCAUCAAGACCUGGGCUCAUGCCUACAUAGUACCAGAAGCUCCUUACUGUUUGCUUUUAGGACGACCCUGGCAGUGUCUUGUUUGUCUUUCAAAAACCAAAGACACUGAUAAUGUCCAUGUAUCAGUUCAUGACCCAAGGGAUCCCAAUAACUCGCAAACCAUCAAAACGACUCCUCGUCCCUGGGCCCACCCAUCCCUUGCAUUAAUCACAUCAAUGUUCUCCCCCAUUACUUCCUUUCUGUCAUCCUCGUUGACAAGCUCGACGGAUAUUUAUCAUACCACCCUGCCUACUAGUUCUACCAAUAUACAUCAUCCUUCCUCUCUGACCAAUUCUACCAAUAUCUAUCAUACUAUUCCCCCCAUCAUCUCUUCAAAUACCUCCUCACACUCCCUAUCAACGACUCGUCUAAUAACGCCUAUUCCUAUAUCCCGUCUUGUCUUCUCAUCCUUUGCCGAAUUCCUUCUCCAAUCAUACUUCGACAUUGAUCCAGUCUGUCGCACCUUCGCCUAUAAGAAGGUCGUGAAUAAGGUAAAGCCGGUGGCAACGACAAUGCCAGCACACAUGCGGAUCAUCCAUCGUUUUCCAGAAGACCCUCUCGCAUCUUUGCCAUUGCUUUCCCGCACACCCCCAGCCUUCAUACCCAGCACUCGUCUUACCCAAGAACAAAUGAACAAGCUCAGAGUCUUCAAGAACGAGUUCCUUCUUCCUGAAGAAUGGAAACUCACUGCUCACAUUCUGAUGAACAACGAGCUUGUGCUUGCCUGGGAUGAGAACGCUUCUGGGACGAUUAUUUCCACCCAUCAUUAUACCCACUAUAGAACAUAUGCCAUGGACUCACUGCCAACCUCCAAUUCCCUCAGGUAUUAA